GCUGCGACAGUUUCUGCAGUGCUUCCGCGCCACCACGCACAACGCUUUCUUUCUUUUCUUUUCUUAUUCCCUUUCGUCCUUUCCCUUCUCUCUCCGAUCGCCUUCGCACGAAGGCCCCCACGGGCAGCUGCGGAGCGAGACAGCUAAGCCUAUACAUCCACGCAAACUGUACUACUACUACUACUACAUACACACAUACACACACACACAGCUCAGACGCAACCCGAUCGUUUAGAACACACAUUUUUUUCCCGUUUUACUCAUCUAGUCGAUAUCAAACUACCCAAAGCAACUACAAAACCUACGACGCACAGGAAGGCUGCCACGAUGACUGCAGCACCGUCCUUUUCGCUGGGCUCGCUGCAAGACUUUGCCGGCGUGUACGUCGCGAAGCCGCAGCACCUCCUCAUCGGGCCGCUCAUCCACCUCGAGCACUUCCUGACGGCCCCGACCGGCGCCGCCUUCCCGAGCCGCACCGUGGUGUUGCCGCCGCCUUCCCUCCGCUACGUUGUCGACUGCGCUCCGCACCCGAGCGAUCUGCCCCUCAUGCCGGAGUACGCCACGGCGCCACCGCUGAUGAGCAACGAGGACCGCGUAUCAGCAGUUCCCACCACCACCGCAACAGGUGCGCCAACCGAAUCCGCGGAAGCGAUGUUGCCGUCAGCGUCACCGGCAACCGUGACGCCGGUUCCUGCGGCCUCCCCGCAGGCGCACGACUCGGCACUGAAUCCCGCUACGACGUCGCUUUUUUCGCCCCCCGACACAAAGAUGCCUGUCACGGUGCUAGCGUCAUCUGUCACGACGUCCGCAACGACGACCACGACGACCGCCGCCUCCGCUACACCCGCUGCGGCCCCCGCAUCGCUGCUGUCAACAAGGGAGGUGGUGGAGCGCAUGCACAAAAACGCUGAGGAGUGUCUGGCGCGUCUGCGGCUGCGCUGCGUACACAACGGGAUGUCCACAGCCGCAUUCAUACCCGUGCCGCCGGCCGACCCGUCGGGCGAGAAGUCUGCGCCGGCCCCUGCAACUUCUUCGUCGUCAUUCUCGACUCCGCCUCUGCCCACCGCCAGCCCGCAACUCGCCGGGGCAACCUCCAAUACACCUGGGCCUGUCACAGCAAACGCCGCCACCACCACCACGACCACGGCUAACACAAGCAGCAGCCACCACAAUGCCGUGACUGCAUCGCCGAAAGACAAGACGGAGCUCUUCGAAAGUGCAAAGCUGAAUGCCGAUCUGCACAGUGUGGCGGAGAAAACGCUCGGCGCCGAUCACGUGCUGCGCUGCCUGAUCCCCAACACGGCCGACUCUCUCGCGAGCGCCCCCGUGCAAGACACUGUCAGGCGCCUUCGCCACACCUUGCGGUCGAACCCCGAGGCGCUGGUUUACGUCUACUCUCUCGACGGCAAAGGCACGGCGAGCGCGUUGGCGGCCCUGUACCUGCUCGAAGUGGACCGCGUCGCACUGGCCGAGGUGUUGCUGCAGCGGCUGCCGAUGUGCACGCCUCGCAUGCCGUGCCUCGUGCAGCUCGUCGCGCGCGACCCGCAGCCGCAGUCCUUCGACAAGCUGGCGUACCUGCGGCUCUACCUCGCCCGCCGAUACCCCGCCGCCGCCGCCUCCAGCAUCGAGGCGGCGGUGUCCACCUGCAAGGGAGACUACGUCAAGGCGGAACGCCUCGUGCGGCUCGAAAUGACGUUUCAACGCGUCGACGGUUUCCUGCCAAGUCGCUCGUCGUGGCGCUCCGGCGGCGCGGCGGGGAGCUGCUACACGCAGUCCGCCUCCAGCACGCCCAGCGCAGCGAACCUCAACAAACAUAAUAGAAGCAGCAGCGGCUUUGCCCAUCGCGGCGGUGGUGGUGGCGGCGGCGCACACGGUGACACUUCCCUUUCGGAGUUCUUCCUCUGCAGCUCCUUUGUCAGGGAUCCGGUGCGGCUGACGGAGCGGGAUGAGGCGACGAUCGACUCUCUCUACCGCGCCCUCGCCGACGGCCGCGUCGGGGUCUCGCGCGACGACGUCAGGGAGAGCUACACUCAGCACCACCGUUCGCAGGACUUGGUGCUUCGAGAGUUCCUGCUUCGCUUUCGCGCUGCGGACGUCACCGAGACACCGCCACGUACAACGCAACCAACGUCGUACGGCAGCGACAACGGGUCUGCUACGCCAGCGACAACGGGCGUGGAGGGCGGCUUUGCACUCCCGCGCUUCGGGUCCCCGUCGACGUCGCGGCGUGGUUCGACAGUGCCGGGGCGGGCCGCCACGAAGGCCGCUUCCGCAGAGUCGCAGCGCUCGCCGGAGCCGACGCGGCCCUCCGUCCACUCCCCAUCCGCGCCGAGAGAGACGGCGGCGAAGUCUGCCGUCACAACACCGAAGAAAGAACGGCGGAGGUCAACGCUGCCCGCCGCGGCGGUGGCCGAGGCAGGUGGCACUUCGUCUAAAAGGAAGAAGGCAAAUUCGCCUACGCCGCCGUCGGCGACACAAGCAGCAUCCGCAUCAACAGCACAACGGAAGCGCAGUGCGACUACGCCACAGGCGAAGGACAAAGCUCCGUUGAUGUCGCGUGCGGGCACAAAGAGCCCUACGGCGGCGGCGGCUCGCACGCCCCAAUCACUCACGGCGCUCCCGAAAAAGAAGGCGCCGCUGAAGGGCUCUUCCAAGAGUGCGAAGACCCCGGUGCGUGCGUGA